UACUAAACAUCCAUAAUUGAAUCCCAAAUACGGUACACAGACAUAUACAUACACACACACAUGAUGAUGAUCUAUAUAUAUUAUAACCAGGCGAUAGAAAAAGAGAGGACUUGUGUCUGCAUGGCAUCUCUUUGGUUAUAAAAUAAUAAAAGUUUAAUCGUUUGAAUAAUAAAUUGUUCAUUCAAUGUUUGUAUAUUUCGUUUAUAUCUAUAGAUUUAAUUUUAUUGAAAAUUUAAAACAACAACGACAACAACAACAAAAACAACGUGUAACGAAUCCCGGUUUUGGCUUGUCGUAAAAAAUAUUUUAAAUAUUGUCAAUUGAAAAUUUUAUCUCACGCCGGUAAAAUAUAUUGAAAUUGUAAUAAUCAAUUAAUAAAAUUCAAACAUAAAAACAAUAAUGGUUGUCAAAGUGUUCAUUUCGGGUAUUUCGGCUUCAAAAGAAGUAAAAAAACAUCAACUUCGUGCACAAUUUCUAUUGGAUUCAUAUAAAAUAAAAUAUGAAUUGAUCGAUAUUGCCGAUCCAUUGUUGGAAUCACAAAAAGAGAUUAUGUUACAGGCAGCUAAACGGCGUAAUGAAUCAAUGCCACCACAGCCUCCACAAUUUUUCAAUGAUGAUCAAUAUUGUGGUGAUUAUGAAGAUCUGGAAAAUGCCAACGAUAAUGAUCAAUUAUUUCAAUUCUUAAAACUUGAAGAAGAUAUUACCAUAGAAAAUGGUGAUGGUGAUGAAAAUGAUUUGUUUAAUCCAACCGGUGAAACGGCGACCAAAGCUUGAAAACAAUCAAACAUUUACGCUACAGGCUUAUUAUU